GCCAGAUGAGCAAUGGUAGAGGAGAAUAUUUAGAUCUACUGUAGUCGAGUGAUAGAAAACAUGUCCAUCACAACCUGUCAGAAAGUGACUCUGAUAUCGUGCUCGGUCCUGUGUGUCUCUCUCUUCCUCCCCAGGAUGUUGUUACCCAGAGCCAAAAAGGAGAUGGGACAGCCGCAGGUCGGCCCCGGGUUUUACCCCCCUGCGAUGCAUGAGGUCUCAUUGUCCGAAGACCCGAAUCAGUGGGGUGUGGACACGUUCCAAUCCUUGACACGUGGUGCUGAGGCCACUGCCAAAGUCAGAAGCAUCGGACGCGGCAAAAAAUACAACCUGAUGGCUCAAGUCAUACCCAUAUAUGGAUUUGGCAUUCUUCUAUACAUCCUCUACAUAAUGUACAAGUUGACUUGCAGGGACAAGAAGGUGAAAUCAGGAAAACAUAGUGCAACUAAGAGCAUGGAGAGGAAUAUGAGAACUGACGAUGAACUUGUCAGACUACAGGAGCGACUACUUCAGUCAGAAAGGCUCAUGGAGAGGAUCGUCUCAGGAAAUACUCGUGCAUCUGGGAGUGGAAGACGCAGGAAAAGUAAGUCGACUCCGACAAAGAAGGAAGAAAAACUCCUCAGGCAGUUGAGACAGAUCUCGCAGCUGAUGCAAGAGGGCCGCGUGGAAGGGGCCUCCCCAGAGAUGGAAGCCGAGGAAGUACCUUACAGUGUUGACUGGGAAGGCUACCCAGAGGAGACAUACCCAGAGUACGAAGUGCCCGAUUACAAGUCAAAAUUUGAGCGUGUAGCCCCGGAGGAGCCCAUCAACCAACCAACAGCAGAAGCCCUGGCAGAGCGAAUGGAGCAAGAGGAGGAAGAUGUUGUAGCGAGGAAACUGUCCGUGGUACAAGAGGAGGAUGAAGAUGAGGAGGAAGAAGACGAGGAGGAAGAAGAUGAGAACGUGGAUAGUGAGGAAGAUGAGAAUGUGGAGGAUGAGGAGGAAGUUAUAGAAGAGGAAGAUGAGGAGAUUGCAGAAGAGGAAGAGGAGGAAGCAGAAGCAGAGAAAAUACUUUUGCUGGCUCCAGCUGGAUCCCAAGAUGCUACAUAUACAACAUGUGAGCGAUUAGGUCUGCAAGUUCUCAAUGAACUACAAGGGCAACGGGAAGGGGGGAAGCAUAUUACUUUUAAUGACCACAGAGAUAUAUUCCACUACCCAAAAGAGGAUACAUAUAGUGAGGAAGUGGAGAAGGAAGAAGAUGAUGAGAAGGAGGAGGAUGCUGACGAUGAUGACGGGACAGAGGUGGAAGAAGUAGAGGAGGAAGCUGAUGAGGACGAUCCAGUGACAGAGGCGGAGAGACUUCAGUUUAACAGUGGAGAAUGUCCCAACCCUGAGGAGGAGGCAGAGCAGGAAGAAGCAGAGUAUUUGUCAAUGUUAGCAUACACGGAAAGUGACAGUGAACUUCAAAUAGACAUUCCUAAAGAAGUCAGUGGACUGAGGAUGAGAAACAGGAGAGAGACGUAAACAUGGAUCAACACGGAUAUAUGAGUGAGUGAAAGUUAAAGGGAAACACUAAUGUAUCGCAGAUGGUUGUUUGGGUAUGCGUAGGCUUGGUGUGUUGGAGGAUUCGGGCGAGGGUACAGUUCUGGUUAAGUUUGGGUUAGGGAAAGAUGUGAUCUUGAGAAUGAAGGUUGUUUUUGUAUUUGAUGUUGGUUGAUUUUCCAGAUGGAUUAUGCGGAAUGAUGAAAAACCUAUCUUGUAAAUCCCAAUAAAAAUGUAGACAGAGGCUUCUCUUUCUGCUACUGUAUCCUCAAGUGCACAAAACCUCAAAGUUUGUGUUUUUGUCUUUGACCAUGUCCAGUGUGAAAAAUUGUGUGGCAAGUCUUUGUUCAUCUGCAUAGUAGCUAAGUCCCCUUGGAGUGUAAAAUAAAAUGAAGUUUUAGAAAAAGAAAAAUCUAAACAUAAUACAUAUAGUGGUAUGAAAAAGUACCUGAACCUUUUGGAAUUUCUCACAUUUCUUUAACUAUAACCACCCAAACAUUUAUAGGUUUUCAUAUUUUAAUGAGGAUAACAUGCAAACAAUGACACAAGGGGGGGGGGGGGGGGGGGAGUAAGUGAACUCUCUGCCUAAGGAGACUUAAAGAGCAAUUGAAACUAAUUUUACCUAACAUUUUAAGUCAAGUAUGUGCCCAAUCAAACUGAGUGGUUUAAAGCUGCACUGCCCACUAUAAAACACACACCUGGUAAGAAUUGUCUUGAUGAGAAGCAUUGUCUGAUGUGCAUCAUGGCUCGGUCAAAAGACCUGUGGUCAAGGAUUGUCGAUUUGUAUAAAGCUGGGAAAGGAUACAAAACCAUCUCUAAAAGUCUGGAUGUUCAUCAAACGACAGUCAGAGAAGUUACAGAUACAAAUGGAGAGGAUUUGGAACUGUUGCUUCUCUCCCAAAUAGUGGCCUUCCACCAAAGAUGAUGGCAAGAGUUCAGCGCGGAAUACUCAGAGAGGUAAAAAAAAACCAGAGAGUGUCUGCUGAAGACUUACAGAAAUCACUGGCACAGUCCAAUAUCUCUGUGCACAAAUCAACUAUAUGAAAAACUAUCGCCAAGAAUGGCGUUCAUGGGAGGACUCCACGGAGGAAGCCACUGCUGUCUAAAAAAACAUUGUUGCUCGUUUAAUGUUCGCAAAAAGGCACUUGGACACUCCACAUAAGUUUUGACAAAAUAUUUUGUGGACUGAUGAAACCAAAUUGAAUCGUUUGGGAGUAACACAUGACGUCAUGUGUGGAGAAAAAAUGGAACAUCUAACCAACAUCAACACCUCAUCCCCACCGUUACGCACAGUGGAGGGAGCAUCAUUUGGGGCCGUUUUCAGCCUCAGGGCCUGGACAACUUGCAAUCAUUCAUGGAAGAAUGAAUUCAAAAGUUCAUCAGGAUGUUUUUCCAAAAUAAACUGAGGCAGCCUGUCAGACAGUUGAAGCUAAAAAUAGGAUGGAUGCUUCAACAACACAAUGAUCCAAAACACAGAAGUACAGGGUGACCCAAAAAAAAGUUUACACUCAGUUGACUGCUUGUUUAAAAGCCACUGAAACAUAUCUAAAUAGGUUGUCAUGCUUAAGUGAUUCAUUAAGGUCACUCAAUGCAGCUGGUAAUCUCUCGUCUCUACAAUUCCUGUGCUUCUGCUGAAAAUGAAGAAAACUUUAGCUGUACCUGAAUUGCUGCGUGCCGGUCUGACACCUACUGAGAUUGCAGCAAAUCUGAGAAUAUCCAGAUGUGCAGUCUACAAAGUUAAAAAGAAGCUGAAAGAUACUGGAACAGCCUCACGAAAACCUGGGUCUGGAAAACCCGAUCUGUGCGGACCAAAAAGUUGAUUGACAAGGUGAUAUGUGGCCACCCCAGAGUCCAGAUCUCAAUCCCCUGGAUUAUAGCAUAUGGGCAACUGUGGAGGACAGUGCCUGUAAGGAGCCACAGACUUCUGUGGCAGCCUUGGAGAGGUCCAUUGUUAGAUCUUGGGAAAAGAUGACAGCAUCCUACAUAAAGAAGACCUGUCAAGUGUUCCGCAGGCGCCUGGAGGCUGUUGUGACACUUAAGGGAGGACACAUUGAAAAAUAGAGUGUACUGUACAUGUUCUUUACAAUAAUGUAUAAUUUGCGAUUCAAUUCUAAUUCUAAGCUGAAUAAACAUGGCAUUUAAGUUGUAUUAUGGCAGUGUAAACUUUUUUUGGGGUCACCCUGUAAAUCAACUUCAGAAUGGUUUCAGAAGCACAAAAUAGACAUUCUGGAGUGGCCAAGUGAAACUCCAAACAUCAACCAAAUUGAGAUACUGCAGCAUGACCAUAAGACAGCAAUUCAUGCCAGACAGCCCAGGAAUCUGACUGAACUACAGCAGUUUUGUUGAGAAGAAUAGUCAAAGAUUAGUCCUGAUCGAUGUGCCAGACUGAUCUGCAGCCACAGGAAGCAACAAAAUAUUAAAUGUGAUGGUUCACUUACUUAUUUUCCCCCUUCUGUCAUUAUUUGCAUACUAUCCUUAUUAAAUUUGAAAACCUAUAAAUGUUUGGGUGGUUUUAGUUAAAGCAGACACUGUUUUUUCAUCUGUGUGAUUUUGACAAUGAUCAGAUCACAUUUG